GGCUGACUGAGUUAAAGUAGUAUCGUGCGGUGGCGCGGCGGGGCUGUGCCGGGGAUGGUACAGUUAUAAACCCUAUAGCGCAAAGGGAGGGCAGAAUCUGGAGUGGGACUGUAGGAGCAGCACAGCCGGCAAUAGCACCGCAAACAGGUCAGCCAUCAUGCCUGGAUCCCUUCCUCCAAACGGUGAAAGCUCUUGGCCCAAAGAUGUGGGCAUCGUUGCUCUAGAGAUUUACUUUCCGUCCCAGUAUGUCGAUCAAGUAGAGCUGGAGAAAUUCGAUGGAGUCAGCGCUGGGAAAUACACCAUCGGCUUGGGGCAGUGUAAGAUGGGCUUCUGCUCGGACAGAGAAGACAUCAAUUCUUUGUGUCUCACAGUGGUCCAAAGGUUAAUGGAGAGGAACAAUCUGUCUUACGACUGCAUUGGCCGACUGGAGGUGGGAACAGAGACAAUCAUUGACAAGUCCAAAUCUGUUAAGACUGUCCUCAUGCAACUGUUUGAAGAUUCGGGUAACACCGACGUGGAAGGCAUCGACACAACAAAUGCAUGUUACGGAGGCACGGCAGCUCUCUUCAAUGCCGUCAACUGGGUGGAAUCAAGUUCUUGGGAUGGACGCUAUGCGCUUGUGGUUGCUGGAGACAUUGCUGUGUAUGCCACAGGAAGUGCCAGGCCAACCGGAGGAGCCGGAGCUGUUGCCAUGCUUGUGGGGCCGAAUGCCACUUUAGUUUUUGAAAGAGGACUGCGCGGAACACACAUGCAACAUGCCUAUGAUUUUUAUAAGCCAGAUAUGGAAUCGGAAUACCCCGUCGUAGAUGGAAAGCUUUCAAUACAGUGCUACCUCAGCGCAUUAGAUCACUGUUACACUACUUAUCGCAAGAAAAUCCAUGCCCAGUGGCAGAAAGAGGGAACUGAUAAACCGUUUACUCUGAAUGACUUUGGAUUCAUGAUCUUUCACUCGCCAUACUGCAAACUUGUCCAGAAAUCUUUAGCACGGUUGCUGGUGAAUGACUUCAUUAGUGAUUCCGACCCAGAUAUGGAGAGUGGGAUGUAUGUUGGCCUGGAUUCAUUUAGGGAUUUAAAGCUGGAAGAGACUUAUUUUGACAGAGAUGUAGAAAAGGCAUUUCUAAAGGCCAGCACAGAGCUUUUCAAUGAUAAGACUAAAGCAUCUUUGCUGGUAUCUAGGGAAAAUGGGAAUAUGUACACACCAUCUGUGUAUGGAUGCCUUGCCUCUGUACUUGCACAAUAUUCUCCUCAGCAACUGGCUGGGCAAAGGAUUGGUGUGUUCUCCUAUGGCUCAGGCUUUGCUGCCACCAUGUACUCACUCAGAGUCUCCCAGGAUGCUAUGCCAGGUUCUUCCUUGGACAAGUUAACAUCCAGCUUGUCAGACCUUAAAGCAAGACUCGACUCAAGAAAGAAUGUUUCACCCAGCAACUUUGCUGACACCAUGAAGCUGCGACAAGACACACACCAUUUAGCUAAUUAUAUUCCUCAGGGGUCAGUGGAUGACCUGUUUCCAGGUACCUGGUAUCUGGUCCGUGUGGAUGAGAAGCACAGGAGGUUCUAUGCCCGCAGCUCACUGAUGAACGAUGGCCCUUUAGAUGCUGCACCUGAAUCUGUUCACGCAAGCACCGCUAAUGAGCAUUUCCCAAGCCCUGCUAAGAAAGUCCCCAGAAUCCCUCCAGCAGCUGAAGCCGUGCCCAUCUCCGUUACCAAUGGAGAGCACUGAUCUUCCUCUAAGAGGCCCAAGAUGGACGCAUCCUCGUUUUUGCAUUCUUGUAAAUGUAUAUUUGUAAUGUAAACUUAAUUGCAGAACAGAGAAACCUGUUCCGGCCCCAGAGCGAUUACAGUACAAAAAGGGUUUGGUUUCUUAGCAUUUUGAUAUCUUGAAAAGGGACAGUGAGAUAUAAAUAGAAAUGUAUAUUAAAUUAAAAAAAAAAAGAAUCACCUUUGGACCUGGAAACUGACACAUCUGUGCAGUUAGUUAGCAUAAAUGUUACUGUACCCAGCUGUAAUUGGGUAAACACAAUACUAAUUUGCUGUCUGUGAUGUAGAAUGGAUUGGAAUGUAUGGCACUUACAUAAAUACCUCCAAGGCAUGAUCUUUUCUCUGUGGCUCUCAUGCUUUUGCGGCGCUACCAUUGGCAGCAUUAGUGUGAGCCAAUCAGGUUCAGGAUCAGUGCUGUGAGGUGCAGCAGUGUCCUACACACAUGCUUUAGUACGCCAUCGGACACAAACUACGUACCUCUCUUGGUUUUAUCAUGGCUGCCUCUAUUCUUUAUGGUUUUGGUCUGUUGGCAUGUACAGAGUUUAUAUUUCAUCCCUCGGUAGCUUUUUAAGAUCACGUUGGUGCUAAUGGUAUGGGCUGAAGCCCAACUAAUUUGUAAAAAAACUAAAUUGUAGAGAAAGUAAUAUAAAAUGUAAAUUUUUUUUUUUUUUAAAUUUUUUGUUAAAGUUGCUGUGUAUAAUUCUUUUGUCUUUAGAAAUUGAAAAUUUAAAGUGGGUUUAGCAGGUAACCUCUCUGUAGCGCCAGUCACAUCUGCAGCAUACACUACAAUGUAAUUGGAUUUUGGGCCAAACAAGGCUCCGCUGGCUGCUGCAGUACUUAAAGGGGUUAACUGUUAUUUUUCCUGCAUUUGUAAAAUACUUCUCCUCACACCCUGCGACUUUUGUACAGUUACAGAUUUUUUGCUAAUGAAACAAAUGUACAGUAAGAGAUAGUAUUGUGUCCCGAGAAUUGGUGAUGUCACGUGACUUGAAUUGUUCUAUGUGGAGACAAUGGUUCACUCAAUUAACCCGAUUCCUUCUGCGCUGAAGGAAUAAAAUGAAAUCUGUAAGUAAUGGAAAUGCUUUACAAAAAUAAAGUUUUCCUUAUGGUGCAGAAAA